UGACGUUUGACGUUCAUGUAUGCGCUCAGUUGUUUUCAGACAGAGGAAGAGCGAGAACCUAUUCCUAUUACACAUCAAAGCGACGUCGACGCUCUCGAACGUAAUUUUAUCUACUAAAAAUAAAGAAACUUAUCGUUGCGAUCUCGAAAUUUAAACUAAACCCGACGAUAAAAGUUUUGUGUGUCAAAAUCCAAUCCAGAAAUAAAUAUUUAAUCAAAACCGUCCGACACUUUGAAUCAGUUUUUACUGUAGCCGAUACUAUUUUGCAGUUAUUUUUCAGGGCUUCCUCCAGAAAACAAUGCAACGAGUUGUGUUCGGCAACUUCUGAAACCCAAAAGACUCGAAAAAGACAAUAUUUUUCUUGAAUUAGUAUUUACUGGGUCUGUUAUUGAUGACCGGUCACGGGAAUUACUUUUGUCUCAGUACCUAUCAAAACCAACAGACAGGAAAAGAUCCUAGGCAACUACUUCAGAGCUGGUCCAAGCGUUGGAUGCAAAAUAAAAAACAGAUAAAUUUGAUAAUAUCGUAUAUUAUACCCAUUAAUUGAAUAUUUAGUGAAUUUGAAUUUUUCGCCAUGGAAAACCCCGGUAGAGAAGCGCCUUUGGCAACAUUGUCAGGUGUAGCUCCAUCCUUAGAAUCGUCCCCGAAGAAAAGUGAAGAAAUCAUCCUGAUAGAACCGACUGAAAAGGCUGAAGUCACUUUCAAAACGGACAGCGAGUAUUCAUCAUCAUCCUCUUCAUCUUCGGCUUCCGAUUCCGAAGACGAAGAUGAAAAGCCGAAAAUUCCAGAUGGUGGUUGGGGAUGGAUAGUAGUACUUUCUUCAUUGUUACUUUCUAUGAUAGCCGACGGGGUUAGUUUCUCCUUUGGUUUGCUCUAUGUAGAGUUUUUGGAUGAGUUUAAAGCAUCCAGUUCCGUUACUUCUUGGAUUGGUAGCCUGUUCUUGGCUAUUCCUCUUAUUUCUGGGCCUAUUAUGAGUGCUUUAGUAGAUAAAUAUGGUUGUAGAUUAAUGACUUGCGUAGGUGGGGUUAUAGCUGCAAUCGGUUUCAUUAUUAGUUCAAAAGUGAACACAAUCGGUAUUAUGUAUCUUACUUUUGGUAUACUAGCGGGACUAGGACUAGGUCUUUGUUAUGUUACCGCUGUCGUUUCGAUUCCUUUUUGGUUUGAUAAAUACAGGACGUUGGCUGUGGGAAUAAGUGCUUCUGGAGCCGGAAUAGGAACGUUCGCGUUUGCUCCUUUGACUACUUUUCUUCUAUCUGAAUUUGGAUGGAGAGGAACCACGUUGAUCAUGGGUGGAGUAUUUUUGAAUAUGUGCGUUUGUGGUGUUAUGAUGAGAGAUCCGGAUUGGGUCACCGAGCAACAUAAAUCAAAUCCAAAACUCUCUAAAUCCAGUAAAUCCAGUAAAACCAGUUUAGUCUCAUUAUCUUCAACGAACUUUAUUAACAACAUCGACAUAAACGAAUUAAAAGAUGUUUUGAAGAGUGGGAAAAAUGUCGAGUAUCUUUUACAAGGCCUAGAAACAUCCAUUGACAACAGUCAUACGGAUAAUGUUUUGAAAAAUAAUCAUAAUUCGGUACUAAAUCUUCCAACGUAUGUAAGACAAAAUGAAAAAGUGCCUAUAGAAGUAUUACAACAACUUAGUUCGAAUAAGAAGCUAUAUAAUGUGAUUCUACAAAAUUUUCCUAGUUUAGUUUUAUAUAGGAGUGCGUCCGAUAAAGGUUUAAAUAAAUUAACAGGAGACGCUUCUCCAUUAGAAAGAGUACCGGUUAAAGUUAGCGUGACUUUAAAAAAAGAAGAGAAACAUCCAAAUAGUAAAGUAUCUAUUGUAGACAGAGAUAUUGAAGUCCAAGAACCCUUACUGGUAGAAAAACCAAUCAAAAAAGCAGGACAUACAAGAAACGCAACACAUUCAAAACCGAAACAUCAAAUCGUCCAACCUGCACAACGACCACAGCAUUAUUUCAAACAUUUAAAGAUACACAGACAGUCCUUGGUUCAUAGGGCAGCCGUUUUUAACACAAAUAAGUAUAGGUUUAAGGCAUCUAGCUGUCCCAAUAUAUACAGAUUGUCUACUUUGACAUUGAAACAUGACGAAGAUGAGAAAUGGUACGCUGAACUUCUAGACUUGGUGAAGGGAAUGUUCGAUUUUUCGUUAUUCUUAGAACUACAUUUUUUCUUCCUGUCCCUAUCGACCAUAAUACUUUUUGUUUGGUUUAUAGUGCCGUAUUUUUAUUUGGCUGAUCACAUGAUAAAACACGGAUAUACCACUGAACAAGCUUCUCUUACAAUUUCGAUUAUAGGUAUCACCAAUACAAUUGGAAUGAUAGGUUUAGGAUGGGCCGGAGAUCAACCUUGGAUGAACAUAACCAAAUGUUACGCAAUGUGUCUAUUUCUAACUGGAAUCUCUUGCGCCGGAAUGAUGUUUUUCACCAGCAAUUAUAUUUUAUUGGAAAUAAGCGCUGCUAUGUUUGGAUUGUUCGUAUCAAGCACCUAUUCUUUCACGCCGGGACUCAUAGUUGAACUGGUACCUCUGGAAAGAUUUGCUACAGGGUACGGUUUGCAGUUGCUUUGUAUGGGAAUUGGUCUGCUUUUGGGACCACCAUUUGCUGGUCAUUUAUUUGACGUCACAAAUAGUUGGGAACAAGCUUUUUAUCACUCUGCAAUAUGGUUAACAAUCUCAGGUUUAAUGUUGGCUUUUAUCCCCUAUACAAAAAAUAGAAAAAUAUUUGGUAGAGGAUCCGUCGAAAAGGAGGUGGAAGAUACCAAGGACAGAAUUUGGAUUGCCGUGGGCAUUCUUGCCCUUACUCUAGUUUUGACUGUAAUCAUUUGUUACUUUACAAUCCAGUGUCUUACUUAAAUAAGUAUUAAGUAGUAUUAUUAAUAUUUAGUGUAUUUUUGAGA